AUGUCAACUUCAGCUCUUUACGGAUUGAAAAGGGCGGUUAUAAUUUUACCUGUGGCGUGGACAGGAGCAUGGUUAGGAUAUUACGCAUAUACCGAUACAUUACGUCGAUCACACAUCAGAGAACGUAAUAAGGAAUUAUCAAAUGUGUUAAUGGGAUUACCAGGUGACGGACCCGAUUUCACUAAACCUGCACAAGACGUUGAAAGAGAGGCAUUAAAGAAAAGAUAUGCAAGUUUAAAAUUCGCCGGAAGGUACUGGAACCCUUAUGUUGAAUGGAGAGAACAAGGCGCAUGGGAAUGGGCAUUAUGGAAGAUUAUAGUUUCUACCAUUACACUCAAGAUCUUUUAUAACGGAGGCGUACCGCCUGAAAGACCAAUACCUGAUUUACCACUUGAACGACCUGAUUUCUCUUUGCUUUUCCCCACUUCGUUCAAGUCGACUAUGAGUACCAAUAGAAAUCCAGGUACAGGUGGUGAUAAUGUAGAUGUAACAGACAAGUUGACACUGACAUGGCUUGGACAAUCAACAACAUACGUUACACUUGACAAUUUGACUAUUCUCACGGACCCAGCAUUAUCGGAUAGAACACUACCUUCUAGAAUCGCACCGCAGCGACUAAGGCCUAGUCCAUGUGAAUUAAACGAAUUGAAAAGGGUUGAUGUGGUUUUAGUCUCACACAAUCACUUUGAUCACCUAGAUCCUGAAGCUAUAAAAGAAUUGGGUGACAGUUGUGAAUGGGUAGUACCAAAAGGUGUUGGACCGUUCAUACGUGAAUUCGGUGUAACAAGAGUAACAGAGUUAGAUUGGUGGCAGGAAACCAAACAUACACUAUCUAGACCUGGACAAAAAGAUAAAACAUUCACUAUAACAGCUAUACCUAAUAUGCACUGGUCAGCUAGAUCACCUUUGGAUACAAACGCUACUUUAUGGUCUGCGUUCCAUGUCAAAUCAGACACCGAGAGACCUAAAUCUUUUAUACAUCUAGGUGAUACAGGAUAUUCACCAACACUAUACCAUGCGGUCGGAAGAGUAUUAGGACCAGUUGAUCUAGCUGCUAUACCCAUUGGAUCAUAUGAACCUAGAUGGCAUAUGCAUUUACAACACACGGAUCCCGAAGGAGCGGUUCGAAUGGCCAUGCAAAUGAAUGUCGGCAAGAGUGUAGGUGUACACUGGGGCACUUGGUUAAUGAGUGAUGAAGCUUAUAAUAAACCUCCAUUAGACUUAGAAUUAGCUAGAAAGAAAUUAGAUGUUGCAGAAGAUCAAUUUUGCGUUUUACCCGUCGGGAAAACUAUUGUCAUAGAUUAA